CGCCGGGCAGUAGACGAGAUCGACGAUGUCGCUGAUUCGGAGCAACGACUCGGUCUCCUACCGCACGACGAGGUACGCUCGAGCGAUAGAACAACAAGCGAGCAUCAGGCUUUUCAGCUCGUCGAUAGCAAGAUCGACUCGCAGAUUAACGGAUCAUUAUCAACUGCAAAGGGGAGCAGAAGUCCCGCGACAGAAGAGCGAUGCGUCGGCUUCACUUGAUCAGCAUCUCGUGAUCCAUCGGAUGCAUGUAGAGCCUUCCGGAUCUGUGUGUAAGCUCGUGCAGUGACUGUUGUUGCGCCCAAAAUGUGUCCCUUGUAGAUGCUCACUCGCCACACGCCGUCGCGUCUUUUUCUCGUCGAUUCACCUCCGAAACCUGAGCCGUAAACAAGCUCGCAAUGCUCAGAAAGAAGCUGUCGGCGCCCAAUCUGAGACGCUUGCAGAGCGCCACGAGCUCCAAUGCUAGUCCAGUCGCCCGCAGUCGAACGGCGAGCGCCCAAGGCAGUGUUGCCUCUUCAUUCUCGACAUCUACAACCAAGCUAGGAGCAGAGUCUUGGGAGAAGCAAACGCUGGUCCAGCUCAAACAUGAACUCAAAACAAGGCGACUACCUGUAUCUGGCAACAAGGCGCAGCUGAUCGAGCGAUUGACUGCAAGCGAUGCCACUGUCACCUCAGCGCCGAGCCUCAAGACCAAGACUUCGCGAGCCAGACAGACGACUGCGCCCGCUGUGCCUGUCAUCCCAAUCGAGUUUGCGCCUGCCUCUCGUGUCACCGUCGAUCUCGUCACCGGCGCAAUCAGCACAAGCACGACUGCAAGUACUGGCACACCUGCAAGCACCAAAGUGACGCUCAAGCAACUCAAUCAGCUCGUCUCGCAAACGCCCAAAGAUCUCCGAUCAGUCAAGUCGACGCCCAACCUGCGCUUUGUCUCGUCCUCUGCGCCAAGCAGGGCACCUGCGACCGAACAGUCUAGUCCGCCCAAGGACAUUCCCCUAGAUGGCGAAGGCAUGCUCAAGGUAUCACAGAGAGAUUGGGACGAAGUCAACAAGCGCCUGCCGCCUAAUGCUGGCAGACAGGUCGUCUAUGACGUGCCGGAGCAAUCGCGGACAGAUUUCCAUCAGCUGGCCGAGCUACCUGACACGCGGUUCGAUCAUGGCAAAGCGAUUGCUAUAGAGGUCGGCCCCUUUAUUCCCAGUAUGCCAGACAAGCCGACGCCCGAAGGUCAAGAAGAGGAAGACGGCGAGCAUUUCGUACUGCACACACAGAAGGUGCAUGCCGUCACUGAUCCAUCGCUACGACACUCGGCGGGAGGUCUGUCUGUGCAUGCUUCAGGAGGCGAGGAGGCGCAAGCGUCUUCCCAUUCCACGCUGUCGACGACCUCGACGGGCGCAAAGAUCGCUCAGCGCGGACCGGGUAAUCCUCGUCGAUCCAAGGAGGAUCCCGUGCCCGGGACGGAAAUUAAAGAGUCCGGGGGAGAAGACGUAGGCGGCCUCAGAUCGUUGUGGAAGGAUGUCAUGCAAGACAUUGGCUUGGCGAGCAAGGAGCCUUCAGUGCGACAUCACGAGCCCGACGCCGUUGCUCAGACUAAAGAAAAGGCGAGCGAAGUGGCUUCUGACGUCAGCUCGAGAGCGGCACGGCUACUCGGCUCACUCGAGGAAGUGACGGGAAUCAAGGUGCCGCCCCUCAGCCAGCCGAUUGAAGGCGAGGCCAAAGCGGAUUCGUUCAAGCCAGAGCAACGGGAGCUUUACGAUGACGAGAGAAGAGGCGUGCUCUACCUGGCCGGCAUCGUCCUGGGUGGCUUCGGCCUCUCAAGCUUGCUCACGCGUGAGAGUAAACCCAAGACGAAGCCUGCAGCCUAGAGAUGACUCUUGAUGAUGAAUGCAUGUCCUUGUUAUGAGACGCGAUCGUUGAAGUGUGACCUGCAAAUCUUAUGCUAUUCAGGCGGCUCGUACUAGCGAACACUCUUGUCCCGGCGCAGCGCAUCCGAGCAAAAGGCCGGACGCGGAGGCUGCGCGCUGUCCUAUCUGAGCUCCUCAAGCAAUGUCCGCAGCUGCAGCCGGCAGGCAAGACCAUCCACUCAUUUGCUUGUGCCGAGCACUCGAUUACUUCGGCAAACUCGACGUUCUGAGCUUGGCCGCAGUUCGCGGAAUUAUCAAGUGCAGGGCAUUGAUCAACCUUGCUCCCACAAGCAUUCUUCUUGAAUAUGAUCCUUUGCACUCAAUCGUGACGAAAGGAG